UAUUGUUGAUCAAACAAUAAACAAAGCAUAACGUGUUUCAUUUAAGUUUUCCUAAGUCUAUGUUUUCUUUAUUGUUCCCAGCACCUAAACAAAGGUCAUUUGGCACGGUAUGCACCAAGACGGAGACUGUGGAAUGACACCACUUAGUUGUGGAAACGGAAAGCUAAGGCAGUGGUUGAUUGACCAAAUAGACAGUGGAAAGUACCCUGGAUUGGUGUGGGAAAAUGAAGAAAGAAGCAUUUUCCGUAUUCCCUGGAAACAUGCUGGAAAACAGGACUACAACCGAGACGAAGACGCAGCCCUCUUUAAGGCAUGGGCCCUUUUUAAAGGUAAAUACAGAGAAGGCAUUGAUAAACCAGAUCCACCAACAUGGAAGACAAGACUGCGCUGUGCCUUAAACAAGAGCAAUGACUUUGAAGAGCUGGUUGAAAGGAGUCAGCUGGAUAUUUCCGACCCAUAUAAGGUGUACAAAAUUAUCCCAGAAGGUUCAAAGAAAGGAUUAAAGCAACAUGGCUCAGAGGAUUCACAGGUCAUUGUGAGCCACCCAUAUCCAGUUCCACCUCCAUACUCUUCUCUGCCGACUCACCCUCAGGUGUCAAACUUCAUACUACCUCAUGAGCGUAACUGGAGAGACUUUGCACCAGAACAACCACAUCCUGAGCUUCCUUACCAGUGCACUGCUGUCCCCUUUGCAGCACGCAGUCACUUAUGGCAAAAUGCUUCCUGUGACAAUAGCUACCAAGUAACUGGAUCAUUUUAUGCAUGUACACCAACAGAAGCACAGACCAUAGACCCAGGCAUAAGGUCUGGGGAGGCUAUUGCAUUCUCAGAUUGCCGACUGCACAUCAGUUUAUAUUACCGGGAUACCCUUGUUGAAGAAAGAACUACGGUGAGUCAAGAAGGCUGCAGAAUCUCACAUGGACAUUGCUAUGACAUCAGUCGAUUGGAGCAAGUUGUUUUUCCAUAUCCAGAAGAAAACAGUCUGAGGAAGAAUAUAGAGAAAGUAUUGAGCCAUCUGGAUAGGGGUGUCAUUCUUUGGUUGGCCCCUGACGGACUGUAUGCAAGGAGGAUGUGUCAGAGCAGAAUCUACUGGGAGGGACCUUUGUCCAUGUAUAGUGACCGUCCAAAUAAAUUAGAACGAGACAUUGCCUGCAAACUAUUUGAUACUCAGCAGUUCUUAUCAGAACUGCAGACAUAUGCACUCCAUGGACGCCCAGUGCCAAGAUUUCAGAUUAUAUUAUGUUUUGGGGAAGAAUUUCCAGACGGGCAAAGAGGAAGGAAGUUAAUUACAGCUCAUGUUGAGCCAGUGUUUGCUAGACAACUAGUUGGCUUUGCAGAACAAAAUGGAGGACAUUUCAUGAGAGGAUAUGAUUUCUCCGACCACAUUAGCAGCUCAGAUGAAUAUCACAGGACAGUACGUCAUGCUCCACUGCAGGAUUGAAACAGAUUGUUUCAGUGUUUAAAAUAUACGUAUUAUUUUUCAGACAUCAUAAGCAAAGGGAAAAACUGACAAGGGUUCUGGACUCAUCUAAGAAACCAGUGUUAACAGAGAAAAAACUCUCCAAAGUAUCUCUUUUCAUGAAAACCCACAAUGCAUUGUAGGAAAUGGGAGAAAAAUAGAUGUAUUGUGAGGAGUUUGAUAGAGAAAACUGGACAAUUGACAAUAUCUGGCACACCGUUUCUUUCCUGCUGAAUCAAAAACGACUUUUAUAGGCUGGAAUGUCCAGUUGCAUUAUGGAUUGUAGCGAAUGCUAAA